GGGGAACCGGCACCAGAGGGGGAACCGGCACCAGACGUGGAACCAGAGGGGGAACCGGCACCAGAGGGGGAACCGGCACCAGAGGAACCAGAAGGGGAACCGGCACCAGAAGAAGAGGAACCAGAAGGGGAACCGGCACCAGAAGAAGAACCGGAACCAGAGGGGGAACUGGAACCAGAGGGGGAACCGGCACCAGAGGAACCAGAAGGGGAACCGGCACCAGAAGAAGAGGAACCAGAAGGGGAACCGGCACCAGAGGGGGAACCGGCACCAGACGGGGAACCAGAGGGGGAACCGGCACCAGAGGGGGAACCAGAGGGGGAACCGGCAUCAGAGGGGGAACCGGCACCAGAGGAACCAAAGGGGGAACCGGCACCAAAGGGGGAACCGGCACCAGAGGAACCAGAGGGGGAACUGGCACCAGAGGGGGAACCGGCACAAGAGGAACCAGAAGGGGAACCGGCACCAGAAGAAGAGGAACCAGAAGGGGAACCGGCACCAGAGGGGGAACCGGCACCAGACGGGGAACCAGAGGGGGAACCGGCACCAGAGGGGGAACCAGAGGGGGAACCGGCAUCAGAGGGGGAACCGGCACCAGAGGAACCAAAGGGGGAACCGGCACCAAAGGGGGAACCGGCACCAGAGGAACCAGAGGGGGAACUGGCACCAGAGGGGGAACCGGCACCAGAGGAACCAGAAGGGGAACCGGCACCAGAAGAAGAGGAACCAGAAGGGGAACCGGCACCAGAGGGGGAACCGGCACCAGACGGGGAACCAGAGGGGGAACCGGCACCAGAGGGGGAACCAGAGGGGGAACCGGCAUCAGAGGGGGAACCGGCACCAGAGGAACCAGAGGGGGAACCGGCACCAGAGGAACCAGAAGGGGAACCGGCACCAGAAGAAGAGGAACCAGAAGGGGAACCGGCACCAGAAGAAGAGGAACCAGAAGGGGAACCGGCACCAGAGGAACCAGAGGGGGAACCGGCA